AUGCUUCUGCUCCUCUUUCUGUUCUUAUGGCUUACCUCAAUAACUUCAACAUCAUCACUAUCUCCAACUUACAAUGAUAUUUACUGUCCAAACAACACAACCUUCGAAUCCAACAACAACACAAUACUCAAAAGAAAUCUCAAUGUCCUACUCUCCUCUCUCGUCACCAACGCCACGCUAGGCGGCGCUGAUUUCUACUCCACCUUCAUGGGAUUGGGAACAACAAACGUUGUCAACGGUGUUUUCCUCUGCCGCGGUGACGUUAACUCCACCACGUGUCAGAAUUGUGUAACCACAGCAGCCACAGAUAUAACACGCCUCUGUCCUAACAAAACGGAGUCAAUUAUUUGGUUUGAUGAAUGCAUGCUGCGUUACACUAACCGUUAUUUUAGCCCCACCAGUAUCGUCCCAAGAGCGAAUUUGAAGAAUGAAAGGAACAUCACUACCUCGAAAUUGGAUACCUUUAAUGGAAUGUUGUUGAGUUUCUUGGAUAGGUUGGCUAGAGAAGCUGCAAAUUCUCAGACAGCGAAGCAAUUCGCGACCGGAGAAGAUAACUUCAACUUAAGCAUAAGCAGUUCUUCGGUUUAUGGAUUGGCGCAGUGUGUGCCCGGAAUGACGAAUGUUCAGUGUGAGGAGUGUUUAGUAAACGCGUCGAGAACUCUUUUGACAUGUUGUGAAGGAAAACAAGGUGCUAGAGCUCUUCUAGCAUGGUGUAAUAUCAGAUAUGAUUUCUACAAGUUUUACAAUGCAACCGAUGAUUCAUCUUCGCUUCCUCCUCCUUCUUCUGGAAAGAACAAGUCCGGGUCAAAAACAAGAACGGUCUUGAUUGUUGUUCUUGUUACCGGGUCAACAAUUCUGUUAUGUUUAGGCUGCUAUUUCCUCAUCAGAAGAUCAGCAUGGGAGAAAUAUAAAACCCUUUUGAAAGAAAAUUUUGGUGAUGAAAGUGCCGCGUUACAGUCAUUACAGUAUAGUUUAACGACCAUUGAAGCAGCCACAAAGAAAUUUUCAUCAGAGAAUAAAAUAGGCAGGGGAGGAUUUGGAGAGGUUUACAAGGGUAUUCUUGUAGAUGGAAGGCAAAUAGCAGUGAAAAAGCUAUCUCAGAGUUCAGGACAAGGUGGAGUAGAGUUCAUAAAUGAGGUUUUACUAAUAGCGAAACUUCAACAUAGAAAUUUGGUAACCUUAAUAGGUUUUUGUUUGGAAGACCAAGAGAAAAUGCUCAUUUACGAAUACGUGCCCAACAAAAGUCUCGAUUACUUUUUAUUCGAUCGCCACAAGGCUAGAUUAUUACACUGGUUUGAACGUUAUAAGAUCAUCGAAGGAAUUGCGCAUGGAAUACAUUAUCUACACAACCAUUCAAGAUUGAAGAUUAUUCAUCGUGAUCUCAAACCUAGUAAUGUAUUGUUAGAUGAUAAUAUGAAUCCUAAAAUAUCUGAUUUCGGUAUGGCAAGAAUGGUGGCGCUAGAUCAAGAUCGGGGAAGUACAAAUAGAAUUGUUGGAACAUAUGGCUAUAUGUCUCAAGAAUAUGCAAUGCAUGGACAAUUUUCAGAAAAAUCAGACGUCUUCAGUUUUGGAGUCAUAAUUUUGGAGAUGAUUAGUUCAAAAAAGAACGCCCGUUCUCUUUUAUCAGAUAACACCGAUGACCUCUUGAGUUAUGCAUGGAAACAAUGGAGGGAUCAAACACCAUUAGAACUAGUAGACCAAGAUAUAAAAGAAUCAUGCAACCAUAAUGAAGUGGUUAAGUGUAUUGGAAUUGGUUUAUUAUGUGUUCAAGAGAAACCUGAUGAUAGACCUACAAUGGCAACAGUUGUUUCGUAUCUCACUAGCCCUUCGGCGGAGUUGCCAUUUCCAAGAGAGCCGAUAGAGUCUGUGCACAGUGGAAUACUGCAAAAUGUAGUAACAGGGGGGUUGAGUUCGACUUCUAUAUCGACAUUCAAUGAAAUAACUUCAUCAGUAAGUUCUGCAUUCUCUGCCAGUGCUUAG